ACCAGCGAACCAGCAGCCAGUACACUUUUCGUGCAAACAGUGAGUGGACCUCCUGCUCUCGGCAGCUGCACCGCUAUCACCUCAUGACUGCUGCUGCGUCCGGGUGAAGGAGUGGUGUCAUGCCAUCUAGUUGGUCACUUGUCUAGUGGAUUCAGAAUAAUGUGAUGGUGGUAAGCCCGGAUGGACUUAGGCCUAGGCUGGCAGCCGUUCUGCUGACCGCUGCAUUGCUGACUCUGUUCUUCGGACUGCACCUGACUCUUUACGACGCAGCGCUCUAUCAGCUGCAACACACCUCCUCUAACUCCGCCUCCUCUUCCUCUUCCUCCUCCUCCGCCGCCUCCGCUUCCGCCUCCUCUGGCUCCUCCUCGCCGCCUCCUCUCAACAGCAUCCUCAACGUGCCAGCUCGUGUUCACUUCCCGAGGACAAGUCGUCGACUACCUCAAGCAAUAAUAAUAGGAGUGCGCAAGUGCGGAACACGAGCGCUGCUGGAGAUGCUGUGCUUGCACCCUAGCGUGCAGACGGCGGCCAGGGAGGUGCACUUCUUCGACCGCGACGACAACUACGGCAAGGGACUCGACUGGUACCGCAAACGAAUGCCACACUCCUUUCGCGGACAGCUCACGCUCGAGAAGACACCCAGCUACUUUGUCACGCCAGAGGUGCCAGAGCGGAUACGAGCGAUGAACUCGAGCGUGAAGCUGUUGCUGAUCGUUCGCGAACCUGUGACGCGCGCCAUUUCCGACUACACGCAGCUGCGCAGCCACGCAGCGACUGCGUCGUCAGCCGCACCGCAGCCGCAGCCGCCGCGAACGUUCGAGCAGCUGGCGAUCAACAGCGACGGCACUGUUAACUCUUCCUACCGACCGCUGUCUCUCUCCAUUUACCAUACCUUCAUUCAUCGCUGGCUCGAGGUAUUCUCCCGCAACCAGAUUCUGAUAGUGAACGGUGACAGGCUGAUAGAGAACCCUGUCGACCAGUUGCAGAGGAUAGAGCAGUUUCUGGGCCUGGAGCCGCGAAUCGGCCGCCACAACUUCUACUUCAACAACACCAAGGGUUUCUACUGCCUCCGCAACGACACGGCCGACAAGUGUCUGCGCGAAACCAAGGGCCGUCGGCAUCCGCGUGUCGACCCCGUUGUCGUCUCCAAACUGAGGAAAUACUUCUCAGAACACAACCAGAGGUUCUACGACAUUGUCGGCGAGGACUUGGGUUGGCCAGAGGAAUAAUGAACGUUCUAAUUAAGCGAUCAUUGAGUGGUCGUCAGAGAUGGGAUACGUGCUAUUGUCUGUGGUAUGCUAUUAAGUAUGAUAAUCCAUACAUAUCAGAUGAGUGCCUAUGCAACAAUAUCAUCGAUUAUAUCAGUAAUUCGAAUUUGUAAUUAUCAGUGGUAUUUUGAAAGUUUUUUACUGUCGAAUAUUAUCCGAACUAAGUGAGUAACAUGCAUUGAUUAACUAGAGUGUCCCAUAAAGAACACUACAUUUGAAUUGUUUUAAUCAAAUCAUUAUUAAAUUUUAACAAUUAGCAAUUCAAAAGUCCACAAUUAACAGCAGGUAAUGCAUUUUUCUAACGCUGAACUUGAAACAUUAGCCUACCCUUUAUAAAGGCGCUUUAUAAGGUUUUAUGAAUGAAAAAAAAAUGCCAAAAAUAGAGCUCAAAGAAAAACUUCACUCGAGAAGGAAAAGGGGCGGACCGAGAAACGAUGGGAAGAUGAGAAGGGAUGAUUUAAUAAGGAUGGGUGGAGAAGAUUGAUACAAGAUAGAGAUGCUUGGAGGAAUGUUGUGGAGGAGGUCAAAGCCCACAAUAUCAUCGAUUAUGUCAGUAAUUCGAAUUUGUAAUUAUCAGUGGUAUUUUGGAAGUCUUCUACUGUCACACUGGGCUGAAGAGCUAGAGAAAUGCAUUUUCCAUUACAAUGAGAAAUAUUAUCAAAUUUGAAGUACCUAAAUAACGACUUAAUUAACUAUUCAAAUGUUGCGUUCUUUAUGGAACACUUUAAUAAUAUACUCUUAACUUUAUAAUUUUCACCCUGGAUUCUCUCAGAUCAAUAUUGAUUAUCCUACUAGUGAGAGACAAUCCUGUGUAGAAACUUAUAUCUCAUGGAGUAUUUUAGAAUAGAGGGAAAAUACACACAAGAAAAAACACUUCCUCAUGAUAGUAGUCAUUAUCUUGGAGAGUCAAUCAUAUCAACCUCAAUGAAGUGAAAUUCUAUGGACAACUAUCCAUUGAGUAGGCACUAUAUUCAAACAAAAGUUUCCUUCAUGCAAAUUAUGUACCGUAACAGAAAAGAAAAAUAAUGAAUACUGAACAACAAUAGUUGUUCUUGGAAACUGAUAUUUCUGAUCUUGGAUUACGUGGUAUAUAAAUUGAUUAUAUUUCUAUUAAAUCAGGAUAUAUAAUGAAAUAUCAUAUGAAUUUGCAAUUGAUGAACAAUAUUGUCAAUUCUGUCAGGAAUUACACACAGAAACAAAUCAUCAAUAUUUUCUGUAUUCUGUCAGGAAUAACAUACAGAUACAAAUCAUCGAUAUUUAGUGUAGCCCGUAACUCCAACCAUGCUGAAUGAUCAAGAAUUCAAAAGCAAUAUUUCUAGCAUAGAUCAGGUUAACAUAGUCUAAUAUGCUAAAACAAUGCGAAUACUAUUGGGGAAAUAGUUUGAUAUCAUUAUUUUAACCAUUGAUAAAGUGUAGCAUUUUUUAUCGAAAAAGUCAAUCGUUCCAAAUUUCUUUCAUUACAAAUCAUUGAGAACUUGAGACUAUCACUAAUUCAUUGUUUUUUAUAGUUCGGAUAAGCCAAUAUUAUAAAUUAUAAGAUGGUCACGAUCAUUAGGAUUGUGCUAGGAUUGAUAAUUUUGCAAAAUUCUAGUGAAAAUAAAAAAUAUGUAUAGCAAUAAAACAGAUC